AUGGAAUUAUCUGAACCAAAACAAAGAUUUGAAUCACUUUUAUCUUUAUUUGAAGAUGUUGCAAAUAAAAGAUAUUCUGGUGAUUUUUCAGUUAAAAAGAAUAUAAAUGCACCUCAAGUCCCACCAAGAUCAUAUUCAUUAUUCAAUGUAACCGGUGGAAAUGUAUCAUCAUAUAAUAAUCAACAACAACAACAAAAUAAUAAUAAUAAUAAUAAUAAUAAUAAUAAUAAUAAUAAUAAUAAUAAUAAUAAUAAUAAUAAUAAUAAUAACAAUAGUGGUGAAAUAUCAUCAAAUAAUAGUACACCAUCAAUUUUAUUUUCACCAACACCAACAUCAACGGCACCACCAGCACCACCACAACCUACAACACCACCAAAUACUGGAUUCCAUAAUAGACCAUUAAGUAUCAACAUUAAUCAACAACCUAUUGGCGGCGUCAACAAUAAUAAUAAUAAUAAUAAUAAGGAUAGUCCAUCUAAUAAGCCAUUGAGAUUAUCAGGAUCACCACCAACUGCAUCAAUUAAUGGUAACCAAAUUGAACAAUUGCAAAGAGAAUUAAGGAAUGAAAAAGAAGCUCAUCAACAAACUAAAUAUUUACUAAAUUCAUUUGCAGAUGAGAAUAAGAAACUUAGUAAUGAUUGCCAACUUUGGAGAGCAAAAUAUUUCAAACUCUUGACUAAAAACACUAAAUUAAAAGUGAUUUUCGAUCAUUUUCAAAGUAUUAUGAAUGAAAGUGAUUCUGUGCCUGGUGAAGGUUCGUUAGUUCAUAGUACAAGCUAUAAUUCAUCUUCAUCUUCUUCUUCUGGUGGUGGUGGCAAUAUAACACCAAGAAAAUUAAGUUUAGCAGGUGGUGGUAAAUUUGAUGAUGCACCACAAUCUGCGUCAGCAUUGUUAAAGAUUCAUCAUCAACGUAAUCAGUCAACUGGUUCAGCAUUUAGCAAUACUAUUUAUAAUGGUGAAGAGAAAACCAGAGAUACCAUAUCAUACAAUGAAAGACCAAAAAGACAAACAGUUGGAUCAUCAACCUUCUUCCCACCACCACCAAGUAGAGCAACAAGUACUUCAUCGAUUCAAGUCAAUAGUGAUCCACAAGAGAUUGAACAACUCACUGAAGAGCAAUACUUGGAAAUGCUCGAAAAGAGAAGACAAGUAUCUUUACAAAUCCUUCAAACUGAAAAAGAGUAUGCAUUCUACUUAAAUAUCAUUGUUGAAGAAUUCCUUCAACCACUUAAAAAUGAAUCAAAUCUUUCAAAUAAUCCAUUCAUUAGUAAAGCUCAAGUUAAACAAUUAUUUGGUGAUACUGAAGUAAUUUUAGGUUCAAGUAAAUUAUUGGCUGAAGAUUUAGAAAAUGUUUUAUUAGAUGGUACUUCAAAUCCAAUUGGUUUAGGUGAUUGUUUCUUAAAAAUUUGUGAUUAUUUUAAAUUAUAUGCAUCAUAUGUUAAAAAUUAUUAUACAUCAAUUUCAGUUUUAAAUAAAUUAAAAGAAGAAAGUCAUAAAUUUCAAGCAUUUAUUCAAGAGAAAGAACAAAUUUUAUUAGAUAGUAAUUUCACAGAUUUAGGUGCUCUUUUAGUUUUACCAGUUUCAAGAAUUGGUCAAUAUACAUCAAUGAUUAAUUAUUUAUUUAGCUUAACUCCACAAUCUCAUCCAGAUUAUGAACCAUUUAAAAAAGCUGUAAUUAAAAUGAAAUCAACAGUUGAUUAUGUUAAAGAAAAGAUUAGAGAUAAUGAUAGUCAAAAUAAAGUUAGAAUCAUUCAAAAUCAAAUGACAGGUAAAUUUGAAAAUUUGAAUUUACCACAUAGAAGAUAUGUUAGAGAGGGUAUGUUAACAGAGAGUGGUAAAGGUUCAAACUCAAAUCAAUAUUAUUGUUUCUUAUUUAAUGAUAUAUUUGUAUUAUCAACACCAAUAAAGAAAUCGAAUCAAUUUUCAUUUAAAAAGAAAAUAUCAUUAAGUGAAGCUGAAGUAACCAUGAUUUCCGACCCUGAAGAUAGACCAAUCUUUCAAAUAUCUAUACAAAAUAUUGAUUCUCAACAAGAUAAUUCUCCAAAUAUGUUAUCAUUGAAUGGGAUUCAAAAUGCAAUUAAUAAUAUGACAAAUAAUGAUUCAAAAUCUAAAAAUAAUAAUAAUAAUAAUUCAAAUGGUAAUAAUAAUAAUAAUAAUAUAAAUAGUAAUAGUAAUAGUAAUAAUAAUAGUGUAAUUGAUAUAAAAAGUAGUGGGGUAUUAAUAAAUAAUGGUGGUGGUAGCGGUUUUAUAAGUAAUAAUAAUGGUAUAACAAAUGUAAAUAGUAAUAAUAAUAAUAAUAAUAAUAUUAAUAGUAAUAAUAAUAUAAAUGGUAAUAAUAAUAAUGGUAAUAAUAGUGUAAAUUAUAGUAAUGGCGAAGAUAAUAACGAUAGAGAAUGUUUUACAUUCAUUGCAGAUUCGAACAGAGAUAGAGAGGAUUGGAUUCAAGCGAUUCAUGCUAAUAUUAUCUCAUCAAAGAAAAGGAAUGAGACUAGAAAACCUGAAGAUAUUGAAAAGGGUGGUAUUGAUUUCAGUGUAUCCGAUAUUAAACUUUGUGAACAAAUUGGGUCAGGUGGUAGUGGUUGUACAGUUCAUAGAUGCACUGUCGAUGGUUUUACAUGUGCAGUAAAGGUAUUGAAAUUAAAGAAUACCUCACCUUUCUUGGUUGAACAAUUCAUUUCAGAGAUUACAAUCAUGGUUAAAUUAAGUCACCAAAAUAUUGCAAAAUAUUUAGGUCACCGUUUAAGUGGUAAUCAACUUUGGUUAUUUAUGGAAUUCUACCCACACUCUUUGAAGGAUGUCAUCACAAAGAGAACUUCGCCUUUCCCAGCCACUGAGGUGAUUUGGAUGGCAUUGGAGAUCGCCAAGGGCUUGGAGUUCCUUCACACCCAAAAGAACCCCAUCAUACAUCGUGACCUCAAGCCUGGAAAUAUCAUGUGUUCGUUGGACGACAAGGGCAGGGUUUGCAGUAUUAGGGUCUGCGAUUUCGAUACAAGUAAAGAGUUGGGUAAUGGUGUAACUUUGAAAACUUGUAUUGGUACACCUUGUUAUAUGGCCGCUGAGGUGUUGAAUGUUGCCGAUGGUGGAAAUAGUGGUUAUAGUUUAAAGGCUGACAUUUGGUCUUUUGCCAUGUUAUGCUUUGAAAUCAUCUCUUUACUCCCACCUUACCAUCAAUUCCAACAUCUCCAAUCCAUUGAAAUGAUCAUCAAUGGUACUUGUCCACCAUUACCAACUGAUCUCAUUCAACCAAAAUUACUUCAACCACUCAUUGAACUUUUGGUGACUUGUAUCGAUUUAAAUCCAAAUCAUCGUCCAAAUGCUUCUCAAUUGGUUCAAAAAUUAACUAAAAUGUUAAAAAACACUGGUAUGAUGACUGAAUAA